AUGACAGAGAACAAUACAACUUCUUUUAAGAGGAAAUUAGAUUCCCAGAAUACUGAUCAACAAGCUAAUGAUGCUAUUCAUCAGAACUCCAACCUCACUGACACUCAUCAAUCAACUAAGAGACAAGUCAUCGUACCUAAAGUCGAACCUCAAAUAAGGUAUACUCCAUUAAAGACAGGUCUCUGUUACGAUGUUCGUAUGCGAUAUCACGCAAAGAUAUUUACCUCCUAUUUCGAAUACAUCGAUCCUCACCCAGAAGAUCCAAGAAGAAUUUACCGGCUAUAUAAGAUCUUGGCGGAGAACGGUUUGAUUAAUGACCCAACUUUAUCCGGUGUGGACAACCUGGGUGAUUUGAUGUUGAAAAUUCCCAUUAGAGAAGCCACGGACGAAGAAAUAUUGGAAGUUCAUUCCAGGGAACAUCUAGAUUUUAUCAAGUCCACUUCGAAGAUGUCUCACGAUGAAUUGCUAAAAGCUACAGAGCAAGGGGACUCUGUGUAUUUUAAUAAUGAUUCCUUUGCUAGUGCAAAACUGCCUGUGGGUGGUGCCAUCGAGGCUUGUAAAGCUGUUGUAGAGGGCAGAGUUAAAAAUUCCAUGGCUGUGGUUAGACCUCCGGGACAUCAUGCAGAACCAGAGUCUGCUGGUGGGUUCUGUCUGUUCAGUAACGUCGCUGUGGCAUGUAAAAAUAUUUUGAAACAUUAUCCGGAAAGUGUACGUAGAAUCAUGGUUCUUGAUUGGGAUAUCCAUCAUGGGAACGGUACACAGAAGGCUUUUUACAAUGAUGAUAGAGUCCUUUAUGUUUCUCUGCAUCGUUUUGAAUUAGGUAAAUACUAUCCUGGUACCAUUCACGGUCAGUACGAUCAAACCGGUGAGGGGCAAGGUGAAGGUUUCAAUUGCAAUAUUACUUGGCCGGUUGGUGGUGUUGGGGAUGCAGAGUACAUGUGGGCCUUUGAACAAAUUGUGAUGCCAAUGGGAAGAGAGUUUCGGCCAGAUCUAGUAGUCAUAUCUGCUGGGUUCGACGCCGCAGAUGGUGACACUAUAGGUCAAUGUCAUGUUUCUCCAAGUUGCUACGGUCAUAUGACUCACAUGUUGAAAUCUUUGGCUAAUGGAAACCUUUGUGUGGUCUUGGAAGGUGGUUACAAUUUGGAUGCUAUCGCUAGAAGCGCAUUGAAUGUGGCUAAAGUGUUGAUAGGUGAGCCUCCAGAGGAAUUACCCAAUCCCUUACGAGAACCAAAACCUGAGGUCAUUGAAAUAAUAGAAAAGAUUAUUAAAUUACAAUCCAAAUAUUGGAAAUGUUUUCAAAGAAGAUAUGCUAAUUCUGGUUACAGUUUUAGCCAACCUCUUAAUGACAAGUUCUUGUCCAAAAGAUUCCCUUUACAAGAUUCUAUCAGAAAUCAGCAGUUUUCCUUGUUAUCAGAAAAAUUCGAUUUUGUUAAAUUCCCAUUAUUAAGCAUGAAAUUAAAUGAUAAUACUGUACUAUGUUCACCAAAUGUGCAUCAGAAAAAUAAUAUUAUUGUUUUAGUUCAUGACACACCAGAAAUUUGGGCUAAUAGGAAUCCAAUUUCAGGUAAUAUUGAUCCGUCAACAUCAGUUAUAAUAGAUCCAUGUACAGAUUUUAUAAAUUGGGCCAUUGACAAAAAUUAUGGUCUUAUCGAUAUUAACAUUCCUCAAUCCUUAUUUGAACAAGACAAUUACUCAGCUAUAAUCACAUCUCAGGAAGUACUUUGCUUCAUGUGGGAUAAUUAUUUAAAAUAUUUUGAGACAUCUACAAAAUUAUCUUUUAUUGGUAUUGGCGAUGCAAGUGCUGGGAUUGUGCAUCUUUUAGGUCAUAGAGAUACAAGAAGUAAUACAAGAAGUGCAAUUAGUUUUAUUGGUGAUAAAACUUUGAAACCUUUAGUACCAUUGGUGGAUGAAACUUUAAGCGAUUGGUAUUUUAAAAAUUCGCUGGUUUUCUCAGAUAAACACCAUUCAUGUUGGCGUGAUGGUGAUAAUAAAAAACCUAGAAAAAAAUAUGGUAGAGUUUUAAGAUGUCAAACUGAUGGUUUAAAUAAUAUUGUGGAAGAAAGAUUUGAUGAAGCAACUGAUUUUAUCCUCGAUGGAUUUGAGGAGUGGAGUGAUACCGAAUCAUCAUGA